GGCGGUAGCACGUAACACGUUUCGGUAUUAAUCGGUCAACACCUCAUCAGCAGAGGAUCAUCGGCUAAUUGAACUAAAUUUUCACAACAAGUAUUUCUCAUUAGUCAGUAUAUAUGGAUUCAAAUAAAUGAUCUACGAAAAGUGUGUGUAAUACCUAAGUGUCAAAAGUAUCCGACGGGAAGAACUAUACUAUCGAGCUAGUGAUGAAUACUUUCAGUGCAUAUUAGUGAUAAUGAAGUUGAACAAUAAGUGGAGUAUGUUACUUCUGGAGAGCUUUUCAUGUUAGUGCAACGGAGCUCUACUCUAACUUUGUCCACAAUCCCAAUCAUGAUGCCUAUGGCACCGACACCAAUAAUGGCAGUGCCUUCCAAACCCAAAAUCGGAUUCUCUAUUGAUUCUAUCGUCGGUGGUGCCAACCAGGGAAGCCCCCAACACUCGCCGGUACAGUAUUCUGAAAGUUCUGCGCCUUUGUCGCCAAGCAGUGAUAUAGAUAAUAGGCUAAAUGGUUCUCCGAAGCACUUCUCCUCCUCACCUCAUCGGUCGCCUGACAGUUCACCGAAACCACCUAUCAUGGUGCCCGGAAUCCCUGCUCACACAUUGGUCAGACCAAACCCGACUUACGAUCCGAACUUGGUUCCAAAAAACGGGUUUUUGCAGCCCGAGAUGAUACACAACCACGGGCAGCAUCCUUUUGCUCUCGCAGCGCACUUUCAAGGCGCAGCGCUUGCUGCUGCAUUAAGUUCCGGGCAACACGGGUUUCCUGGACAACCUUCACCUAUUGCCCAGCACGCGCAGCCUAGAGACAGUUAUCCCUUGUAUCCCUGGUUAUUAUCAAGGCACGGAAGGAUUUUUCCACAUAGGUUUCCUGGAGGUCCUGACAUACCUGGAUUUCUUCUGCAACCAUUUAGGAAACCAAAAAGGAUAAGGACGGCCUUCAGUCCUUCACAAUUACUCAAGCUGGAACACGCUUUCGAGAAGAACCAUUAUGUAGUAGGGGCCGAGAGGAAACAGUUGGCACAGUCUUUAUCGUUAACGGAAACUCAGGUCAAAGUUUGGUUCCAGAAUCGACGAACAAAACACAAGCGGAUGCAGCAAGAAGAAGAAGCCAAGACAAAUUCUGGUAAUAAGUCCGGAUCGCCCAGUAGUGCACAAAAUCACCAUAUGAGCAAAUGGAAAGAAGAAACAGCGGACGAUUAUGGAGAGUAUAUUGAUAUGGACAUGGAAGAUGAAUGUGUUAGUGAUGUAGAAAGUGAAUCAUAGACUCGGUCAGAAAAAUCUCCUGUAAAUACUCUGAAUUCCAGUCGACAGUAUAAGUAGUGAAAUAUGGCAAAUGAAAUGGAUACCCACCUAUACUUAUCAACUAUCGAAACCCUGGUAGGUAGAGGAAAUGCAAAAAAUAAUGGAAGUUUUUCAAAUGACUCUCCGUAAGAG